AUGCUUCGACAUGAUUUAGAACAAUCUUUACCAAAUUCGAAUAAUAUUUAUACAUCUUCACAAACUGACAAUUUACUACCUAAACCAACAAAUAUUGACAGACAAAUUCUUCCACAAAUUCUUCCAAAUGAAAAUGAAAAUAUUUUAAAAAAAGUUCAUCAAAAUCAGUCGAUAACUGUUUCUCCAGUUAAUUAUAUAUCAGUUGUAAAUACACAUGGAACGUAUAACAGUACACAAAUGCAAAGAGAUCUUCCAUAUCCUACACAUCAAAUUUCUAGUGGAAAUGCUAUGAACUCAAAGAAAAUUCAAAUAACAUGUCAACCACGUUCAAAAUAUCGUCCACGAACAUACAAUGAAAGUAAAAAAUCAUCUCAUUAUAUUCGUUGUAAAGAAGGUGCUAAACGAGAAUAUCCAACAAUUGAUAUACCUCGAGAAUGGGGUGCUCAAUCAAAUCAGAAUAUAAUCGAAGUUGCUCUUAUGGAUAUCCACAAAAAUCUACAUCCUUACUCACUUGAAAAUAAAGCUAGUAGCAAAUCUACUGAAGAAUCGGCAUUAAUCUUUAAACAAAAUAAUCCUAAUAUAUUGUAUUUUCGUUUAACGAAUGAUGAUUUCUUAUCUGGCUUCAAAAGUUUUAUGAUUGAACUAAUUAAAAGUAAACUAAAUGAUACUGUUACAAAAGAAUUAAUUCGUACAAAAAGUCUUCAUCAAUCAAUGCUUCGUUUUACACGAUUCUAUCGGGAUGGUUAUACUUUUGUACGAGAUACGGACAGUGCAGAAUAUUCUUGUAUAAUGACAGAAAGCUAUGGUGAUAUUACUAUUGAUCAUAUGGGUCCACAAUAUGGACCGAUGCAUCAAGAACAGAAGAUAUUUAUCAUUUUUAAAGGUCGUAUUGCUAAAGGUGAUAUAUCAAUUAUUAUCUCUGAAGAAAACGAUGUUUGGCGUCAAAAAAUUAAAAAAAUUAUACUUAUUGGUAAUGUUAUUUAUUUUACACUACCUCCAUGUCUACAACCACAAAUACCUCGUGUGAGAGCAAAUAUUACUGUUAAUUUCAAAGAUAUGGUACUUCGUCAUUCAAAAUAUGUUUAUAUGAAUACGAUAGAUCAAGAGAUCCAAAACAUCGGUAUGGAUAAUAUGACUUCAAAUAGUUCAAAUUCUAUCCAAACCAAUAGUUUUCUCAAUGAUAUGGUUGCUAAUAUAGAUGGUACAACAUCUACUUCUCGAAAAAUAUCAAAAAGCAAACCAAAAAAACGUUUAAAUAAAGCAGGUGCAUUUUUAAUUGAAUAUGAUCGAAUUCAAACACGAAUUGAUAGUUAA